AUGGCAGGCUGGCAUAAUUUACCGGAAAAGCUGAAACUUGACAUUUUCAGAUUGUUGGAGAAAAAAGAUCGGUAAGUAUCGAAACUACAUCUGAAAAUAGGUUUUUUUUCAGCCUGAAAUUCGCAAAAUGCUCCUUUGGAUGUUUGCAACAAGUUCUGAGGCACGAGAAGAAUAUCGAGUCAUUGGGAAUUGAAAAAUUGAAAUUAUUUAGCCAACAUGAAGAAGACAGGAUCUAUGUUGUGAGAAUCGAUAAAUUUUUCGAGGUCAAAUUCAAGCAAAUCGGGGAGUUGUGUGAAAUUGAGCAUCGUGGGGAGUUUUUCUGGAAAACUAUAGGAGACUGUGAGAAUAUGGCGUAUGGGAUUUUUGAAAGAGUUUUGGCGAAGAAUAAGGAUAGCCUCAAUUUGUUGACGUUGUAUGAGGUGGGGUUUUUCGAACCUCAUUUUAGGUAUUAUCGAAAAUCUCAUCGGUACUCCACGCGCUCCACCGAAAUAAACACGCAACGCAGACCGCGCCGCGCCACAACACACACAAAAAAGGGAGGGAAUUUGAAUCGUUCCCUUUUUCGUGUGUGUUGUGACGCGGCGCGGUCUGCGUUGCGUGUUUAUUUCGGUGGAGCCUGAAUUCGGCAAAUUUUGUUCUUUUCCUGGGAAGUCUUAAAAUGAUUAUUGAUCGAUUUCUCAUUGUAAUCCAUAAAAUUGAAAAAAAUCUCGAAAUGCACUUACACACUAUCAUUCUCCAGGUUGAUUAUAUGAUUCAAAAUCAAUCAAUCGAUAAUUUCUCCCGGCUUGAAACUCUGGAUAUUAUCACAAAUCGCCAGGAUCAAUUAUAUUCGCUUCUUUCAAAAGCUGAAAAUAUCAAACAGCUUAUUGUGGAUUACCGUGCAGAUACAGAGCAGCUAAGGGGUUUCACUUUUACGCUUUCAAACAUCAAUUAUUUGGACUUGAGUUCACAAAACAAUGAAGAUUUAGCAUUUGAUAUUCUUCACAGAAUAGAUAUUCCGGAAAACAAAAAGUUUGAAAGUGUCAGUAUAAUCAUCUACGAAAAAGAAUGUACAAUAAUUGAUGAUCCGAAAAUUAUAGAUAUUUUCAAAAAAUCGGAUGAACUCAAAACUAGUCUUAUUCUGAGCAAUGAUCAAUUUAUCGAGUUGGCAACUUCAGUCAAGUCUUUGAAAUUGAAUGCAAGGCAAUUUGAUACUUCGAAAAUUAUCGAUGUUAUUAUGAGCAAUGGUAUGGGAAUUUGCGAAUUCACAAAUGUGAAUAGUGAUAUUUUGAAGUGUGAAGAUCUGAAUUUGAAUGAAAUCGCGCCGAACAAAUUGUAGGUUUAAUAAAUGUUCACAUUAUUUUAUUGUUAGAAAAACAAAAUUAUUUUAGCACUUACAAAAUCGAUUCUGGCCGUGGAUCCUAUGAUAUCUCAUCUGGAACUUUGAUUUUUUAUCCACAAGGAUUUCAGUGA